GGCCAGUCAGAGACUGGGAGAGAGAAGAGAAAGAGCCAAGGUGUUGAGUGUCUGCUGUAUAUGUUGAUUGUUUUAAAUUUGUAAUUGCAAAAGCUUACAAAUACUGGAAUCGGAGCUAAAGGAGUGGAAACAAAAGGGCAAUUUCAUACUGAAUUUACAGUUUUACGUUUGUACUACAAAAAAGGGUCUGUUUGAGGAUGGGGUGCACCCUAAGCACGGACGAUAAGGCAGCGCAGGAUCGCAGUAAAAUGAUCGACAGGAACCUAAGAGACGACGGAGAGAAAUCGGCAAGAGAGGUCAAGUUGCUCCUUCUCGGUGCUGGGGAGUCCGGAAAAAGCACAAUUGUGAAACAGAUGAAAAUUAUUCAUGAAGCUGGCUAUUCAGAAGAGGAAUGCAAACAAUACAAAGCAGUUGUUUACAGCAACACCAUUCAGUCCAUAAUUGCCAUCAUCAGGGCUAUGGGGAGAUUGAAGAUAGACUUUGGUGACUCUGCAAGAGCAGAUGAUGCUCGUCAGUUGUUUGUGCUAGCUGGCUCUGCAGAAGAAGGAUUCAUGACAGCAGAACUAGCAGGUGUUAUCACGAGAUUGUGGAAGGAUCCUGGUGUUCAAGCCUGUUUCAGCAGAUCAAGAGAAUACCAGCUAAAUGACUCUGCCGCUUAUUACCUGAAUGACAUGGACAGGGUAGCGCAUGCCAGCUAUGUCCCUACUCAACAGGAUGUCCUCCGAACCAGAGUAAAAACUACUGGAAUUGUAGAGACACAUUUCACAUUUAAAGACCUUCACUUCAAAAUGUUUGAUGUGGGUGGUCAGAGAUCUGAACGAAAGAAGUGGAUUCACUGUUUUGAGGGAGUUACAUCAAUCAUAUUCUGUGUUGCACUCAGUGACUAUGACCUAGUUCUAGCUGAAGAUGAAGAAAUGAACCGAAUGCAUGAAAGCAUGAAAUUGUUUGACAGCAUCUGCAACAACAAGUGGUUCACAGACACCUCUAUUAUCCUUUUCCUAAACAAAAAGGAUUUGUUUGAAGAGAAGAUUAAAAGGAGCCCUCUUACAAUUUGCUUUCCUGAAUAUGCAGGAUCCAACACUUAUGAAGAAGCAGCAGCUUAUAUUCAGUGCCAGUUUGAAGACCUGAACAAGCGAAAAGACACCAAGGAGAUUUACACUCACUUCACUCAAGCCACAGACACCAAGAAUGUGCAGUUCGUGUUUGAUGCUGUUACUGAUGUGAUCAUAAAGAAUAACUUAAAGGACUGCGGUCUCUUUUAAAGAACCACAGAUCUUGAUUAGACGAAAACAUUAGCCAGACUUAACAGGUUUUUUUUUUUGUUUUUUUUUUUGCGGGGGACGGGGACGACUCAGCAUGAAAUGAUGGAUCAGUACUGUUCUAUUUGUCAGUUUUAACAGCUUUAUUUAUGUUUUUGUCUUGAACAUUUUUAAUCAGAAUUUAUGAAAACAUUUUGUCUGGAUUGUAUGUAGUUGUAACGGUAAACACCAGUUGAUGUUCACAAAAAGGACAUUUACAGAGGAUGUUUUAAUUGACUGACACAUUUCAUGUUUGACCUUUUUAUAGUUGGAGGCUUGCCUUCGGUGGAACAAUUACAGUAUGUUUCUGAAGUUGUUUGGGGAGGGGGGAGGGGGGGUACAUAGUGCAAAUUUAAUUUUGUAGGCUGUUGUGCCUUCGCAUGCCUUUUUACUGUACUUGUAAAAUGCUUUGCUUGCUUGCUAAAUUGUUCCAACAUAUAAGUGUAUAGUUCCAUGUUCAACAAUUUCCUUGUUUCCUAUGAAACCUAUACCCGUGUUACACACAAUUCCACUGAAAUAUACAACAUUUUAAUAGUUAUGACCAAUAAAUAUGACCACAGUGCAUUGCCUUUACAGGUAGUGCCAAAGUUUUAUAUAAACUUUUAGGUGAUGAAAACACUGUAUUUAAAUAGAGGUUCAUCUUGCAAGUCUCAACAUUUCUAAUGUGCUUAACAUGUUUUAAAAAUGCAAUUUAUUAUCAUUGAAAAUGAAAUGCGUCCCACUGUGUUUAACGAGAAGCUUUAAAAAUGAUGGAGUAAAGUACUUGCAUUAGUGAAUUAAGGUUAAGAAUUUACUGUUAAAUCCAGGAAAAAUGUAAAUGUAUUAUUUACUGACUAGACUUUUAACACAAUGUACUAUUUCAGUGUCUAACAGUGGUUGUCUCUUCUAAUUUUAAAUGGCUAUGGUUUGGAAUGUUAAAAAUAGGCUUCUGAACUCCUCAGAACACAACGGUCCUGCAAAGUUUGUAUUUGGAGCAUGGUGAAUUAUAAUUGUGAAUUUCUCACAUUUCAACCCAUUCUGUUUAAUCACCUUUUAAAGACUAAUUUCCUCAUUUUUGCUAAUAAAAACAAACUAUUUUGCAAUCUGUAUGAUGAAACCAUGGUAUCCUUUACUGCAUAUUAAUUGGAAACUGCUGUUGAAUAUUGAAUUUUUAAAGAUUUUUUUUCUAUGUCUAUCAGACAACUUAUAUGUAAUCUACUUUGCAUGAUUUUAAAUUGACGUUUUUAUAAUCUCUGUUUUAAUUCUACUUGUAUUCCAGUAUGCAGAAAUGGUUGGAUAAACCAAUAAUUCACUGUUUAUUGACAAAUAUUCCAGAUUUUAUAUGUGCCUUUGUGAAAGUUUUUUUUUUUUUUUUUUUUUUUUUUUAUACUUAAUGAUGAACAAAACGGCUGGAUCCACAACCUUUAUGGUCAGUUCUUUUGAGUAAUUCAAGCAUGGCGUUGCCCUUUUUCAUAGAGUUACAAAUGUAAGACAGUCCGACAGAAGAAUCAGUUUCCAGAACUUCUGGGCUUCUGAGUAAAUAAAAUUGAGAAUUCUGAAAUUUGAAAGCACUGUCUCUCCAUAUGAUGAUACCAUUUAACUGUGUGAUCAGAGUCAUACUGUAGUUAUCUGAUACUACUGUACAUAAGCAGGUUUUUACCAUCAUUACAUUAUAAUUUUAUGAAAGGUAAUUAAACUGUUCCAUAAGUC